UACAGAGUUCAUCUGUUUUGUUUGUCUACUGUGUCACUGAUGGAUAUAAAGUGGCAGUAUGCAGUGGUACGCAUUGUGAGUCUACGAUCACAGGGAGAAGAAUGAAGUCUCUCGUGCUCCUUCUAUUGGUGGCUGUUACUGUAUCAUCUGUGCUGUCUAAACCCCUUCCUGAAGACUCUGAAGCAGAGGUUCACAAGGAGUUUGAGACAUGGAAAGUUAAAUAUGGGAAGAGCUAUCCGUCUACCGAGGAGGAAGCCAAACGUAAGGAGAUGUGGUUAGCGACGAGGAAGAGGGUGAUGGAACACAAUAUGAGAGCAGGAAAUGGAUUAGAGAGCUUCACCAUGGCGGUCAAUCACUUUGCUGACCUGACUAAUGAGGAGGUUCCUAGAGGACUUUUGCCCAUGCCUCGACCUGAGGAAGAAGAGGUGGACAGAGAGUUUGAGAUGUGGAAGACUCACAACGGGAAGACCUAUAACUCCACCGAGGAGGAAGCCAAGCGUAAGGAGAUCUGGUUAGCUACCAGGGCAAGAGUGAUGGAACACAACAAGAGAGCAGAGAAUGGCUCAGAGAGCUUCACCAUGGGGAUGAAUUCCUUCUCUGACAUGACUUCUGAGGAGAUUCCUAGAGGAGGACUUCUGGUUGUGUUUCCCACUCGAGAUGGAGGGGAGGAAGCAGAGGUGGAUAAAGAGUUUGAAACGUGGAAGGUUCAACACGGGAAGAGCUAUGGCUCCACCGAGGAGGAAGCCAAGCGUAAGGAGAUCUGGUUAGCUACCAGGGCAAGAGUGAUGGAACACAACAAGAGAGCAGAGAAUGGCUCAGAGAGCUUCACCAUGGGGAUGAAUCAUCUUUCCGACCAGACUACUGCGGAGGUUACAGGACGAAGGCUUCAAGAUGGGGAGGAAACAGAGGUGCACAAGGAGUUUGAGACAUGGAAAGUUAAAUAUGGAAAGACCUAUCCGUCCACCGAGGAGGAAGCAAAGCGCAAGGAGAUCUGGCUAGCUACUAGGAAGAUGGUGACGGAACACAACAAGAGAGCAGAGAAUGGACUGGAGAGCUACACCCUGGCAGUCAAUCACUUUGCUGACUUGACUACUGAGGAGGUUCCUAGAGGGCUUUUACCCAUGGGUAUGCUUCCAGUCACAUAAGUUACUAACAUUGUACUCACUACAGUCCUAUUCACAACCCUUAACUACAAUGACCAUAGUCUUUAAAACAUAUUAAAGAAACCUUCACAUUUACUAAUGUUACACUCCUAAUUCACAAAAGAAUCAGAUAUUGACAGACGGUCUGUUUCCUCCAACAGAAUGAAGAAGCUUUGACCCUAUGAGGAAUGAACAAUUUUGCAAUUUACAAUAAAUAUAAACACUACACUUUCAA